UUCGAUUAGUUUUGAUUUGGCACUCGGAUUGGAUGGAAAUCGUCUUGCUCAAAUUUCGUCUUCGGUUGGUGGAGAAAAAAUUUUCGAGUUGAGUGAUUGAAGAAACGUUCCCUCGAGUCAAGAAGAGAAGUGCGGGAGGAAAGGUUUUUAUUUUGUGUGGUGCUACUCGCCAGCUGCAGGAGGCGAGAGAGAGAAGAGCAAAAAAGUGAUAAUUUUUCAGCUGUUUUCACCUAACUUGUGUCGUGUAGUGCUGCAGAAAAUUGCAAUUUACUGGAUAGUCAUUGCUCCAGAAAGUGUUGGUUUUUAUCCCUCGCUACAUUGGCACCCCUGUUCUGAAACUUAAAUCCAUCAGCAAUAACAACAUCCCAACCAGCAGAAGUGGCCAUUGGAAGCCGGAGAAGCAGAAGUAGGGUAUAGCUUCUGUCGCUCACUCUCACGCUGGGUGUGUUGUUUUGUGUGCUGAAUUUGGGUAAGCAGAGCGAACGCCGAGAUACCCAAUUUUGCUUGGCUACUACAUAAAACUGAUGGCGAGGUGAGUGCUGAGCUGACAUAGACAGAGAGGAAGGCCCCAGCCUGCAGAGUGUUUUCGUGCGCAGAAAGGAAACGUUCAUCAUUCUUGAUCCAUCCGUGUCGAGUUGGUCGUAUGCAGCACACGCUUAAUUUGGGUGCGUGGUACGACAAUAUCUCCUCUCGCAUUUAAAAAACUACGACAUAACUCGUUCAAGAGACAUUAGGAAGAAGAAAGGCUGUUGUGCACAGAAUUUCAGUUUUGCCAAAUAUUCGCCCCCAGAAGUGUGCGGAGUGUGUGUUUCGCGGGAUCAAAACAAAUCGGAAAGUGAACGACGUCAUCGCACCGUAGCACAGGGCUUCUUUGAAUUGCGGGAGUUCCACCAAAAAACAGACUUCACCUGGUAGCACCGCAAUCAACCCGAUCAUCCCUCGUGCGCCGGCACUCCCGCAGCAGCAAGCAUGUCCUCCCCUAGUGCCGGUAAGCGUCGGAUGGACACCGACGUCAUCAAGCUGAUCGAGAGCAAACACGAGGUCACCAUCCUGGGAGGUCUGAACGAGUUCUGUGUUAAAUUCUUCGGUCCCAAGGCGACACCGUACGAGGGCGGAGUGUGGAAGGUUCGAGUUCACCUGCCGGAACACUACCCCUUCAAAUCGCCCAGCAUCGGUUUUAUGAACAAAAUCUAUCAUCCCAACAUUGACGAAGUGUCCGGCACGGUUUGCCUGGACGUGAUCAAUCAAGCGUGGACGGCCCUGUACGACCUGUCGAACAUUUUCGAGUCGUUCCUGCCGCAACUACUGACCUACCCCAAUCCGGUGGACCCGCUCAAUGGGGACGCCGCUGCCAUGUACCUCCACAAACCGGAGGAGUACAAGAAGAAGGUGGCCGACUACGUGCGGCGGUACGCGACCGAGGAAGCCCUCCGCGAUCAGGAACCUACCGAAAGCACCGAUAGCGAAUCCAGCAUGUCCGAUUUCAGCGAAGACGAAGCGCAGGAUAUGGAGUUAUAACAACGGCUAGCCACGAUACUAACCAAUUAUUACUAUUAAAAAGCUAUUACAGAUUAAUCGGAGGAAGUGCGCCGAAGGUGAUAAAGCGAAAUCUUUUAAUUGAAUUAAAUGUUAACGCGUAGGGUCUGAACAUAGAACACAAACAAACACACAUGAACUUCACACACACACGUACUCUCAUCAUCGUCGUACAUGUAGGGGAAACGAAAAGGGCGAAAAUGAAGAUACACCAACUCUCAUCACUCAUCAUCUCAGCUGCGCUCCCCGGUUCUACUCCGCAUGGUAGCCGAGGGGGAUUAAAAUCUAUUACAAAACUAUAUUAGAGUAUAACACUUAACAGAAUACCAAAAAACCCACACACCGGUGGAACAAAAACAGAGAUAAGCAAGACACAUUUCGAUUUUGGGUCAGGGUUAGGGUGUAUGUAUGUGUGUGCGCGCAUCUGCAAACAGAAAUACAC